CAUACGAUUUGCAUGUGGCGCGGCGGCGCGGAGCCAUGUCGGCGGCGCCCCGGCACGGCGGCCCCCCGCGGGGCAGGACCGGGGCCCUGCGCGGCGGCGAGAAGAAGUGCUCAUGGGCUUCCUACAUGACCAACUCCCCAACGCUGAUCGUGAUGAUCGGUCUCCCUGCGCGUGGCAAGACGUACGUCUCCAAGAAGCUCACCCGCUACCUCAACUGGAUCGGGGUGCCCACCAAAGUGUUUAAUUUAGGAGUGUAUCGCCGGGAAGCGGUGAAGUCUUACAAAUCCUAUGACUUCUUCAGGCACGAUAACAAAGAAGCCAUGGAAAUCCGCAAACGAUGUGCCUUAGUGGCUCUAGAAGACGUGAAGGCGUAUCUCUUGGAGGAGUGCGGGCAAAUAGCUGUGUUUGAUGCAACCAAUACAACUCGAGAAAGGCGGGACCUCAUCUUGAAUUUUGCUAAAGAAAAUGCUUUCAAGGUGUUUUUUGUGGAGUCUGUCUGUGACGAUCCAGAAGUCAUCGCUGCCAAUAUCCUGGAGGUGAAAGUUUCCAGCCCCGACUACCCAGAGAGAAACAGGGAGAACGUGAUGGAUGAUUUCCUGAAGAGGAUAGAGUGCUACAAGGUCACUUACCAGCCUCUCGAUCCCGAUGCGUCUGACAAAGAUCUUUCCUUCAUUAAAGUGAUCAAUGUGGGACAGCGGUUCCUAGUAAACAGAGUCCAAGAUUACAUCCAGAGUAAAAUCGUCUAUUACCUAAUGAACAUUCAUGUCCAGCCACGUACCAUCUACCUUUGCCGACAUGGUGAGAGUGAAUAUAAUCUUGUUGGCAAGAUUGGUGGGGAUUCUGGUCUGUCACCACGUGGGAAGCAGUUUGCUCAGGCACUGAAGAAGUUCAUCGAAGAGCAGGAAAUUGUUGAUCUGAAGGUGUGGACGAGCCAGCUGAAAAGGACGAUCCAGACGGCCGAGUCCCUGGGGGUCACGUACGAGCAGUGGAAGAUUCUCAACGAGAUCGAUGCUGGGGUGUGUGAAGAAAUGACCUAUGGAGAAAUUGAAGCCAAGUAUCCAGAUGAGUUUGCCUUGAGGGAUCAAGAGAAAUACCUUUAUCGCUAUCCUGGUGGCGAGUCCUACCAGGACUUAGUCCAGCGCCUGGAGCCGGUAAUUAUGGAGCUAGAACGGCAAGGCAACGUCCUCGUUAUCUCCCACCAGGCAGUUAUGAGGUGCCUGUUGGCUUAUUUUCUUGACAAGAGUGCAGACGAGCUGCCCUACCUGCGCUGCCCCCUCCACACCAUUCUCAAGCUCACGCCUGUUGCGUAUGGUUGUAAAGUGGAGACAAUUACCCUGAACGUGGAAGCAGUGAACACCCACCGUGACAAACCCUCUCUGAACUCAAGGAUGGCCAGUUUAACGGUGUAGAGGUUUGUGCUUUCAUCUCGGAUUCAGCUGGGAUUUCCGUGGCUGGGAAGAGCCCUGCGGAUGGGACUCGAGCAUCCCCGGAGCACAGUGAGCUGCGUGCCACUUCGGCCAGUACUCUCCUCUGAAAUGUGUUUUUAGACUCUGUCCGUGUCUUUUCUUUCUGCAUGCUGAAAUGUCUGUCAAUGAGAUUGGAGAAACUUUAUUACAGAGAUUUUUCAACCUGCUUUUAAUAUGUGUGAGCUAACGUAUCCCCGGGUUUCUGGGGUGUUAAAAUAGCGUCCCGCGUCUUUCCUCCUGGUUAGAUGGCAAAAUUAACUGCAGUGUAUGUGAGGACAAAGUGGUCAUAUCCAUACUCGCUGAAGCAGCUUUUCUUUGGAAGAUAUGUUACUGGACCAAAUCCCCAAUUUUUUUUUUAAUUGUUAACAUUUCCAAGUUCAAAUGCAGUCAUUGUGGUCUUUAACCAUCGAAAGAGCUCCAGGUAUCAUUUGACAUUGCUUUCGUGACUGCUGAUUUGAAUCCCCCGAUCUGAGCCUGUUCCUUUGCUUUGGGAAGGCUUUUUGCACAAGGUAUAACACAAGGCGCUCGUUAGGUCAGCAAAUCCUGCGGGACGUCUCCUGUGAGGGGCAGGAGGGAAUAAAAGCUCCUGUCUCUCUCUGGAAACAGCAUAGCUACCAGUGCUGUUGAGUCUGAACUCAAGUCCUGCUUUUGCUUUGCAUCCUGAUCUAAGUCUCAUCCUCUCACUCAUUUUUUCCUGGGUUUUGUGGACGCUUUUAUCUGUUACAACAGAAAAUCGGAGCAUCGCUUUGCUCCCUGUCUGGGAACAGCGGGGCUGCGUGCGCAGGGUUUGCAAGAAGCACAUGAUUUUUAGCAAUUGCCUUUUUAAUGUACCAGAUUUUAGGCCCACAACAAGUUUUUAAACUUGCCUAUGAAUAAGCUGUGAAUGUUACUGAUGUAUAAUGCUGCCUUUAAAAGAGUUUAAGCUGCUUUAGUAUUUAGUGCAUAGACAGUGAAACUCCCCUGCGGCGCAGCUCGUGUGAUGACUGUGUGUUACUUAAAUCCCCACCGAACCCCCAAAUUUACAGUUUUCUCCCACGAGUCUGACUUGUGUUUUGCCAGACUCCAUUUUACCCCACUCCUCCCGUUCUUGCAAUAAGGGCAAAAUCCUCAGGUUGGGUGAAGAAAGCAGCAUUACGGUACGAAGCAGGAGGCUGUUCCGGACCUGCUGUUUCCAGUGACUCCAGGAUUUGUACCAGCAGCUUCUGGGACCCAGGCUGCUUAUUUUAAAUGUGUCAAUAAAUGUUGGCCAUACCCACGGUAGGGAUCUGUGCUUGAGAAAUGUCGGCACCCUGGCUGCAGAGGAGUUCAGGAGCCCCGAACCCUGAGGUUUGCUUGGGGAUUUUGAACUCAAACCUGGUUGUUUUAAACACUCCCAGAGCUUUAAUUUGAUAAAGCUGAGAGAGAGGGCCAUGGUGAAGGCCCAGGCACUAAUCCUGACCCCUUAGGAUUUCUGAGGAGAAGUGUGUGUUGAUCUAAAGCAAUUGCACCACAGAGGGAUGAAAUUCAGUGCGUGAGAAACUGAGUUUUAUUAGUUUUGUUCCUUGGGCUGUUCCCACUGGGGCACAGGUUUGCUGCAGCCUUCUGCAAGAGCAGCACCGUCUGUUCUUCGGUUUUAAAUGUUACAAUGCUUAGAAAUAAGCCAGAAAAAAAAGGAGAAAAAAUGUUGAAGGAAGAGAUUUAUAGCCUGUUGCAUGGUUAUACUCGCUGUCACUCUCCAAUAAUGCUCUAAACGCACAAACCCGCACUGCAUCGGGCUGGUAGCUCCUACCGAGAAACCUCCUGGUCUGCGGGGAAAAAGGAGUAGAAAUGUACUGUAGGAUGUUUACGCACAAUAUGCUGUAAUAACUUGCUAAGGAGUUAAUUAUAUUUGUGUCAUUGAGUAGUUGAUAGUUGUAAGGAGGCAAAAUACAUAUUUUUACCUGCCAGCAUUCAUGAACGUAGCUGCUAAUAUGUUGGCGGUUGUAACUUUUUUUAAUCACUGCUAAAAAUCAGGUCUGCAAUUCUGGAUCACUGACUGUGGGUCCCUUGUUCCUAUCAAGUGGGUCCUUGCUUUGGCUGUGGUCUGCUGGGCCGUGGGCUGGAGCCUCUCUGCAGACAGCAGUAUUUGUGCCUCAGUGCUUUAAUUAAAGCCUAACUAUAGCCUUUUCCUCCUGCAUUUUAACUUUCAAAAGGUGUAAAUACACGUGUCUAGAGCAGAGCAGCAGCAGAUUUGUGAUCACCAUCGUUGCCAUGCGGGUGAAUCAUACCUGACAUGACAGGUCCCGGGGUCCUGCUGAGCCCCGAGCUCUCGGGGGCGGCAGGGCUGGGGUGAUGCCAGUGAGCCCACGCAUCUCCCCAGCCCCAAACGGGCUGGCGGGUCCCUGUGCCAGAUAUUUCCUUGAAAUCACCUGAUUUCCUUGGCACCGUGCGUGCAAAUGCCCCAGAAUAAACAACGAUUGCACAAUGUACCUGAACUGCGGAUUGGCAGCGGCUUGUGCUGUCAGUCGUACGGAGCUGGUGUCUCGGGCUGGGCAGGCAGAGGUGGUGAAUUUGGAGGUGUGGAAGUGGGCUUGCUGCCUUUGUGAGCAUUGCACCACGAGUGGGGGGUUUUCUGUAUUUCCCUGACUUUCUCUCUGUUUCUGUCAGCAGAGGUGGUGGUGGCUGCUGUCACCUUCAGUGAGCGGUGGCAGGGCCACCCGUGGGACCUGCGUCGCUGUCCCUGAGCCGCGGUCCAGGGGCUGGCUGGCCCGUCAGCGUUACGGGCCGUUUUAGAGAAAAAUGAUUGCUCAGGCAAAACCUGUUCCAUCUCUGCUGCCAGUGAUGGGGAAAAUUGGAAAGUCAGGAAAAAAAGCUUAAAACCAGGCCGGGUAGCUUGAGUUUGUGUACGCUGGCUGUGACGUUAGAGCUGCCACCUCUCUGUAAGGCGUCCCCUUCCCGGCAGCUCGGCGGUGGGUGACGGGGAAGCCCAGCCCAGCCGCCGUGGGGCCAAGGAGCAGCCUUGGGAGGAGAGGCAUCGCUGCCAGUGCUUCCAGGAACCGCCUGCCCCAGGGCUACGUCCCAAACUCUCACCUGGGCUCCUCCGAAGGGUACUGGGUGAGCGCUGCUGGUGCCACCUCCACCUCUCCUGCUGCUCCUCUGUCUCUCUGAACACUGUUUGCAAACUGCGUCUCUCUAUUUAGUGUUUACCGAGAUGCAUGUUACACGUCUGCUUGCAAUUUUGCUAUGUUACUGCUUUCUAAUUUUUUUUAGGUUUAAAAAAAAUGCAGUGUAUGUAAACUUGUGCUGUAUGUUGUGUACUCUGUGUACUUGAGCAUAAAUAUCCCAUCAGCAUUUAUUUACAAUAAAGAGAUU